CUCAGUCCGUGUGGGCGGAGUCUGUGUCGAUGGCUACGGGAAGCGCAGCUGCAUGAACGAUCAUCUCACCGAUCCUGCGUCCGUGUUUUUCACCCGCGAUUCCCGGAACACGGAACAGCCCGCGGGGCGAGCGAGCGAGCGAGCGAGGGACUGCGGGGCCGCGGAGGUGCGGCGGAGAGCCAAGCCAGGAAAGGACGCCCGAGUGCGGGUUGAUGCUGGCGGCCCGUCCGCCCUUUAAACACGGAUGCUUCUGCGUUCAUAAGCGAUCGCCGUUUAUCCGUGAACAGAUCGGACGCGUUAACGUCCACUAUUUUCACUCUCAAAGCCGAUCGGCAGGCGUCAAUCGCACGAACGGACCGUGAGAGCCGAGGCGCGGCAGGAGCAUCAUCUUCCUGCGGGUCUCCAGCGCCUGACAGGCCCGGAGACAUGGGCAACACGCCGGCCGCCAAACGGGGAAACGAGAUGGAAAGCGUUAAAGAGUUUCUGGCCUUCGCCAAAGAAGAUUUCCUCAGGAAAUGGGAGAAUCCUGCACAGAACACGGCAGGCCUGGAGGACUUCGAGCGGCUGAAGACGCUGGGCACCGGCUCGUUCGGGCGCGUGAUGCUGGUCAGACACCGAGAGACCGGCCAGCACUACGCCAUGAAGAUCCUCAACAAACAGAAGGUGGUGAAGCUGAAGCAGAUCGAACACACACUAAACGAGAAGAGGAUCCUGCAGGCCGUCAGCUUCCCCUUCCUCGUGCGCCUGGAGUACUCCUUCAAGGACAACACUAAUCUCUACAUGGUGAUGCAGUACGUUCAGGGAGGGGAGAUGUUCUCACACCUGCGCAGAAUCGGCAGAUUCAGUGAACCCCAUGCACGCUUUUAUGCUUCACAAAUAGUUUUGACCUUUGAGUAUCUGCAUGCCCUUGACCUGAUCUACAGAGACCUUAAACCAGAGAACCUCCUCAUCGAUCAGCAGGGAUACAUCCAGGUGACAGACUUUGGCUUCGCGAAGCGGGUGAAGGGCCGCACGUGGACGUUGUGUGGGACCCCGGAGUAUCUGGCCCCGGAGAUCAUCCUCAGCAAGGGUUAUAAUAAGGCGGUGGACUGGUGGGCUCUGGGUGUGUUGAUGUACGAGAUGGCUGCUGGUUAUCCUCCAUUUUUCGCCGAUCAACCCAUUCAGAUCUACGAAAAGAUUGUCUCAGGAAAGGUACGAUUCCCGUCGCACUUCAGUUCGGACCUGAAGGACCUGUUGAGAAACCUGUUGCAGGUGGACCUCACCAAACGCUUCGGAAACCUUAAAAACGGAGUUAACGACAUUAAAGGACACAAGUGGUUCUCCACUACUGACUGGAUAGCCAUUUACCAGCGGAGGGUGGAGGCCCCGUUUGUGCCUAAAUGCAGAGGUCCCGGGGACACCAGCAACUUCGACGACUACGAGGAAGAGGAGAUCCGUGUGUCGUUCACGGAGAAGUGCGCAAAAGAAUUUGCCGAAUUCUAGAGGAAGAAACUAUAGAAAUCAGAGCGAGGGAUAUAGGUGGAGAGAAAGAGAGAGAGAAGGAGAAAAAGUGCAUGAAUCUUAAAAACCGAUCCUUCCUCCUGUAAAACAGCAGAGAAACCAGCGGAAGAGUCCAGAGAAGACCUCCAGGGAUAAACAGUGAGGCCUUUAUCAUCUCCUCUAUUUUAAUCAUGUUUGCAAUUUUCUCUUUUUUUUUCUUCUUUUUUUUUAAUCUCUGUUCAUGUGAUAUUAACCCUGAUGGAUUUGAUAGGGUGUAAUUGUUGGCCUGUGGACUGGGAUUGUUGUUGCCGCACAAAAACAGAC